AACACGAACAUGAACGAAGAGGAAGAAUUACUAAGAGUUAUGCGAAUGGUAGCAGGAACUGUUCUUCCUAUGGUCAUGAAAACUGCUAUAGAACUUGAUCUUUUUGAAAUCAUGGUCAAACUUACUAACCAUGGGCAUUGUGGUCAAUUCACUUCAUCAGAUAUCGUUUCAUGUCUUCCUACACAAAACCCACAAACUCCAAUCAUAAUCGAAAGAAUACUUCGGUAUCUUGCUACCAAAUCGAUUCUUACAUCUAAAUUCUUCACCGAUGAAAACGGAGUCACAAAGAAAUUAUAUGCCAUGACACCAAUAUGCAAGUAUUUUGUUAGCAAUGAAGAAGGGGCUUCUUUUGCUAACUUCUUUCUAUUCCAAAAUGACAAAGUUGUCAUUGAUUCUUGGCAUCACUUAAAGGAUGCAGUGCUUGAAGGAGGAACCCCAUUCAACAAGGCCCAUGGGGAGAAUAUAUUUGAAUACCAAGCAAAAGACAAAAGAUUUGGUAAACUUUUCGACAAGGCUAUGUUUGGGAACACUUCUAUACUCAUGAAAAUGGUUCUUGAAAAGUACAAGGGAUUCUCAGGAGUGGAAAAACUAGUGGAUGUGGGUGGUGGUUUAGGAGCAACACUUGGGAUUAUUCUUUCCAAAUACCCUAACAUUAAAGGCAUCAACUUUGAUAUGCCCCAUGUCAUUAAAGAUGCACCUCUAAUUUGUCCAGGAGUGGAACAUGUUGGAGGAGACAUGUUUCAGAGUGUUCCAAAGGGAGAUGUAAUCUUCAUGAAGUGGAUAUUACAUGAUUGGGGUGAUGAUUACUGCAUGAAGCUAUUGAAAAACUGUUGGAUGGCGUUGCCAGAGGAUGGUAAGGUGGUGGUGUUAGAAACUGUUGUCCCAGAUGAACAACCAACAAAUAAUAAUGGUGAAACUGAUGUUGUUAUGUCUAAUCUUGAUGGUGAUAUGGUGAUGUUGGCUAUAAACCCUGGUGGGAAAGAGAGGACUGCUAAAGAAUACGAGGCAUUGGCUACAGAUUCGGGAUUUGUUUCUUCAAAAAUUGUUUGCAGAGUUAGUUUCUAUUCGAUUAUGGAAUUCUACAAGAAGAUUUAGGUCGUAAUUGCUAAAGGGUGCUUUGCUUUG